AAAAAUUAAAUUAUAGUUAUUUUACAUGAAAUGGGCCAAACUUACCUUCACAGGCAGCUCCAGGAAGUGUGUAUCUUGACGCCAGGUGAAGAGCAUUGCAUCAAAUUAGACUCACAGCCAGCAGCAGAGCAGUCAGAGCUCAAUGACUCUCUACUCUGACAAGUAAAACACAUGAAUUUACAGCAUUAUUAUUCAUUUUAAUGUCUUUUUCUAUAACAAUACAAGCACUGGGAGAAGCUGUCAAUCAUGUUUGGAAACUCUGCUCUCUUCACAAGGCUCUUGUUUGUCUGUGCAGCUGUCAUGUUGUUCAUCACGUCUGACGUCAGGUGUUCAGACGCUGCAAGAGUCGGCCUCAUACCAACCCAAAUGGACAACAGAGUGACGUACAAAGUCCUCAGACGACUCUACACUCCCCACAGUCAUCCACUCUUUACAUCAACAGAAACUGGACUCCAAACCAAAACUAAUAGCAAAACUGAGACAAGCGGGAAUUAUAAAGCAGCUUUGUCAAUCAUUGACCAUCAGUCAAACCCUCUGUGGCUUACAGGAGGUAGUAAUCAUCAAAACAACCCAGAUAACAGAGAGUCCCGAGCGGGAAUAACUGGUCUGCAGCGUGGAGCGAUGCCAGAAAGCAGCUACCAUCCUCUUUCUGGAAAUUCCUAUAAUUCAUACCCAGCAAUCAUUAGAAAAUCAUCUGAAACAGAAGCUGCCAGUCCCUUUCAUCAGAGCUCUAGUCCUACACAAGAUGCUCAGAAAUCCGACAUCAAAGAAAACCUUCCUAGAAAUGAGUUUUCUCCUCUUUUUUCAUCCCAGACUGGUCGACACCAGAGUGCACCGCUGCCAACUUCAAGAGGGCAUUACAGCAGCUAUAAAGACACAAAUGAGCUCGCUGCGGUCGGGGAGCGGAGUCCUUCUAGAGGGCUUCAAUCAAGCAAAUUUCUUGGCUUUGCAGCUCAAACUGCCCCUCGUGAGCCAUCAAUCAGCAACAGCGUACACACCUCGGUUAUUAAAAGCUUCCCCAGCACAGAAAAAGUGACAUCAUCCAUCAAAGAUUUCCCAGAGGGGUUGCACUCGCAGAGUAGCAUUGAGACAGCAAGGCACAAAAAGGUCCAGUCGUAUCUGUUCAAGGACUCCCAGGCGUCUUUUGGCGGACAGGAGACAGCAAAUACAGUCACUGGAGAUGGACUUGGCACAUUUCGCAAAGCACCACAUGAGCAAAGGGCCUCAAAUGCACAAGCUUACAGGAAGUUUUCUUCAAAUGUUAAACAGAAAUCUGAAAGAAAAGACCCAACGGAGGAAGUUCAGAAUCUUUCUGUGAAUGCCAAUCACCUGCAUCAUAAUGCCAAUUCACAGGCAUCUUUUCGCGAACAGGAGAAAACAUUCACUGAUGAUAGAUCUGGCACUUUUUAUGCAGCACCACAUGAGCAACGGGUUUCCAAUGCACGAGUUUACAAAAAGUUUCCAUCAAAUAUUAGACGGCAAUCGCAGAGAAAAGACCCAACCGAGGUAGUCCAUAACCUCUCUGAUAAUGCCAAUCACCUGUAUCAUCAGGCGUCUUUUGGUGGUGAAGAGAAUUCAGUCAUUAGUGAUGGACAAAGCGCUUUUUACACAGCACCACAUGACCAAAGGACCUCGAAUGCACAAGUUUACAGGAAGUUUUCUUCAACUGCGAAACAACUACAGCAACCUGAAAGAAAAGACCCAUCCAAAAAAGUCCAAAAUCAUUAUGCCAUUUCUCAGGCGUCUUUAAACGGACAGCAAACUGCAAAUGUAGUCAGUGGUGACACACUUGGCGCUUUUCACCCUGCACCACAUGAGCAAAGGGCCUUUAAUGCACAAGUUGACAGCGAGUUUUCUUCAAAUGUUAAACAGCAGUUUGAAAGAAAAAACCCAACUAAGGAGGUCCAGAAACUUUCUGCAAAUGCCAAUCACCUGUACCAUAACGCCAAUUCCCAGGCGUCUUUUGGUGAACAGGGGAAUACAGUCACUGGUGAUGGACUUGGCACUUUUCACGCACCACCACAAGAGCAAAGUGCUUCGAAUGCACAAUUUUACAGGAAGUUUUCCUCAAAUGUUAAAGGGCAGUCUGAAAGAAAAGACCCAAUCGAGGAAGUCCAGAGUCUCUCUGGCAAUGCUAAUCAGCUGUAUCAUAACUCUGAUUCCCAGGCGUCUUUGGGCGGACAGGAGAGGGCACUGCAUGAGCAAAGGGCCUUGAAUGAAAAUGUUAACAAGAAGUUUUCUUCAAAUAUUAAACAACUACAGCAAUCUGAAAGAAAAGACCCAACUGAAAAUGUCGAAAGUAUCUCUGAAAAUGCCAAUAAGCUGUAUCAUAAUGCUAAUCUGGCUCAGUAUAGUAGUCACACAGAUAGUUUUCCCAAAAGUCAACAAAUCUCUGCACAUCUGGCUCCAAUGAAAGGCACCAUGCAAAGUUUUGUCCCUUUACCUCAGAAAUCUGUAGAAAGUAGCUUCAAUAAUACAACCAUAAGAGGACCAACACAUGCUUACAGACCUGCACAAACCAUAAAAAGCAUCUACGGCUUCAGAGGAUUCGAAAUUCCUAAAUUGAAAGCUACAAAGGCACCGUCUAUUGUCUCCUCCGACUCGCGACGAAGUGCAUAUCCAUCUUUGUCACCAAGGUACAGCUUUGGUCAAAGAGAAGCAUCUACAACACCAACAAAACAUGCACCUUCUUCUGGCGCUUUAGACGUCGUCCAAAUCAAGAGUUCUCCGAGGUUUGCGUCAGGAUUCAAAAAUCGGCCUCUGCUGCCUGAAAAUGAUGCCGGUAUGGACAGCAAACCAGAUCGCAAAGGAUACAGAGUUUACAGAAGAAUUUAUGGUCUCAAAGGAUUUGGUACUCGACCAUUUGAGGGAGCCAAAACUUCAGUUAGAGAGCCAGACGUCAGAGUCCAACAAGGGUUUGAAGGUUUUAAACUCAGAAGCUCACAGAUCUGGCAACCGAAGAAAAGCAGUCAUGAGUCCGCAACGGGAGGAGAAGACCUUAAACCACUUGGAAGCACCAGAUUUACACCUGAAAAAUACAAAGAGAGGCGCAAAAUCUACUCUUUUCCAGGAUUUCAGCCGCUUCAAAACAGAAAUAACAAAGCACACAAAGAAAAUCCAACUACGGCAUCACCAAGAAUCGCACCUUAUCUCAGAUCAGCCGGGGACAUUAAAAUUCAAUGGAAAUCAGAGCCGAGGACACCUGACAAAAUCACACCUGUUGCAAAGAAGGCGAGCUUGCUCAACAGUGCCACCAGCAGCACCGUGAGAGGCAAACGUGUGAGAGGAAACGGCAAAAAGCUCAAUGAAUCUCUCACCACUGACACCAGAAACGCAGCCAUCGUCAGGCUGCCGAAACGCCCUGCCAGGAUUAGAGCUUUCACAUACGCUGAUAUUCUUGGAAGUGUGUCGUUCAGUGGUGUCGCGGCUCAGAAACCAAUCACACCAGCUGACAAGGAUUAUUCUCCAAACAUUACAACAACCAAGCAAGACGGAGAGGCGAGUAAUCGGACCUUAAAGUCUGAGGACGCUGAGAUUAGUCGAAACAACACGAGCAAAGUUCCCGAAGCUGAAGACGAGGACGUUGAGAAAAACAAGUCGCCUGUUAAAAGUGAAGAAACUGACAAGGAAACGUUUGACUUAUUUCUGGACAAUGAAGGAAGCGGAAGUGGAGGUUUUAAUAUGUCCGAUGUUUUUUUCUCAACUGAUUCCACAAAGACGCUGAGCAGGCCGCGGCUAUUCAGCGUGCUGACACAGAUUUUCCACCUCCUCUUUGGAGCUUACACGGAGGGCUUCAGCAUGCUGCUGGUCUCUGAGUUAACACGCUAUGAGAUGGAAAAACCUGAUUGUCUUCUGUGUUUGAAGGUCUUGAAGAGUUACUGA